GGAAGGGGAGCGAGUGCGGAAGUGCAACCUGUUCUCGCCGCGAAACGUUGGAGAGCAGCGGACCGGCCACCUUUGGAGCACAUAUUUUAUAUGCUCGGGAGGCGGGAGGAGUGAUGGCUUUAGGCUGCCGGCUAGAGACCAUUUGUGAUUUAAAACAAAAAGUUUGCCAAGUUAUUUCCAUAUAUAUGUAUGUAUGUGCGUGUGUGUAUAUAUAUAUAUGUAUGCAUGUAUAAUAUGUUGUUGUUGGGGGGCGGUGGGAGAACCACGACAAGCCUUGAAGAGCUGGCAGUCAAAGUUAUCUGUUUACAUUUUGGGCGAUCAUGUAACUGACUCUGGGCUCUUGUGUGUUUUCAGAACCGGUCGCUGGGCGUUAAGAGUUUUGAGUGCGAGCCGAGUUCGGUGCGGUUGCCGUGUGAAUGGGCAGUCCGAAUGCUCAGAGUUGUCCUUUGGCUCGGUGGAGUGCCACGAAGGCCACGCGGAGUGUCCGCGUGUCUGCCAAGGGAACGCACCCCCUGUCUCUGUUUUUCGUUGCUCUGCCUUCUGCUGAGUGACACUUAGCCGAAGCCUCCUGCUUGACAGUCCUUUGGUGGCACUUAGGAAUCUGGGCUGUCUGUCGUGUGCCUCUUUAUUCAAGACUUACCUGCUCUGGUAACUCGCAUCGGUUUUUGCCGACUUGUAAGAAGACCUUGCCUAGAAGUACAGUGUUUGACUCGGUUACGACCCUGUUCAAAGAUCCACCAGUGUCUAAGGUAGUGUCUGGUGGUUUCUGACAGCCAUAGACAGACUCCUGAAGUUUCCAGACCCUUUGGCAAGUGUGAUGAGUAACCGCUUGAAGCAAUGAAAUGUAACUCUCUGCUAAACAUGCCGUGGAGAGCCCUGAAUUUCAUUCCGUUGGCAGUCACAGGCUCAGGGCAUCCUCUAGGUUCCCAGGUCUGGAUAAGGCGCCAUACCUGGUCAGGAAUUCAGAGUGUGUGCGGCCCACGGGGGGCCUUCGCUUGAAUUGGCACUUGCAAAACUUCUCUCCUUUUAUUGAUAGAAAACAGCAAGUUUGGGGGAUUUAGCCAUAACUCAUGUACUUAGACCUGUAGUGACAUGAUACCACUAACGUGCUCUCUAGCCAAACUUAGAUCAUGUCAUUAGAAUUUUCUUGAUGUGCUGUUCCUGUGAGUUUAGAAAACACAGUUAUCUCUAACCAAAGUUAGGCCAUCAGAAUUUUAUACAUUUUUUUAAGUUAAUUGUUUCUUCAUCCAAUUUAGAGGCUAAUAUAAGUUGUGUGCCGUGUGUGUGUGUGUGUGUGUGUGUGUGUCCAUGUGUGUGUCCCCGUCCCAUUUCUAGGGCACUUAAUUGUCAAUUCUAAGGCCAACUUCCUUAAGACUAUCUGAAAUAUUUUCUGUAAGGAAAAAACUUGUCUAGUUAAUCCACCUGACAGAUACACAGGAAAAAAUAGAUAUAUCUUCAAAAUUGGACAGCAUUCUUAUUACUCUUGAAAACUUUUAAAAAGUGUUCCAGAUUUUUAGGUUAUUUUAUUGUAAGAUGACAGGAUAGAAUUUCAUGAUUUAUAAAGUUUAGCAUGAAGAUUUUGUGACUCAGGAUUUUUUAUUAGAUGUGGGAGAAGUAUGUAGACACUAAUCUAGUAGAUUUUUAUAGACUCAAAGCACCGUAGCAUUUUUAGAACUUAAAUGAUUGCAAAAAUUGUCUAAUUUACUUCUCUUCCAUUUUUCACAGAGGAAAUCUAGAAUUGAGGUUUUGAGGCUCAAAUUUGCAAAAUUGUUAGUUGCAGAAAGUUACUUGUUGGUUUAGUGUUUCAUCCAGUGUUCCUGGUACACAUAAGUGUUUUAAGUCACAUGAAAUUGGCUAAAAAAUUGGCUGAAAAUUCAACUCAAAACUAUACUUGGGGAAAAUCCAAGUGUUACUAAGAUAACAAAAUUUAGAUUAGUGGAUAAUUGUAUUAAUUACUAUGUUUUUAAUGACUUUAAAAGAUGUGGGGAUUUUGAAUUUAUAGAUUCUAUGGGGUUGUUUAGGGGGUGGUGUUGUUUGGAGCUAUACCUGGUGCUGGUCAGGGCAUGUUCUUGGCUCUGUGCUCAGGACUUACUCCUGGUGUAGCUCUGAGGAUCAUAUGUAGUGCCAGGUAUUGAACUUAGGUCAGCAUGUUAGGCAAGUGUCCUAUUUGCUAUACUACGUACAGCCCUGAAUGUAAAGAUUUUUUUCAUUAAUGUUAAGUUUAUAGAUUCAGUGAAUGUAGGCUGUUCAAGUUUGUCUCUUGAGAACUUGUAGAUAUUCUUUUGCCUAUCUACAACUAAAUUAAAAGGCUUAAUUCAUAUAUAUUUAUACAUGUAUACACACACACAUAUAUAUAUAAAUCAGAUCCUACUUAAUGGUAGGCAUUGUUCUAGGCACUGGGGAUAUGGAUACAUAUGUUUCUAUAUGUAUUCACUGAAAAGAUAAAAUAUCUGGUGAGGGUUACAUUUUACUAGGAAGUGACAGACACUUUUUUUUCUCUUUUUCCUGAGAAGGCAGUAAGAGCUAUGGGAAAAGAGGAAUGUUAAGGAGGGAAAUUGGGAAUGCUAUGGAACAGUGGAGGUGAGAGGGCGGAAUCCUGCCUGCACUGCUGAUGGGGUGAAUACUGAGCGAAAGCCACGCACAGAAAAUGAACAAGUUGAAAUCAUCGCAGAAGGAUAAAGUUCGUCAGUUUAUGAUCUUCACACAGUCUAGUGAAAAAACAGCAGUAAGUUGUCUGUCUCAAAAUGACUGGAAGUUAGAUGUUGCAACAGACAAUUUUUUCCAAAAUCCUGAACUUUAUAUACGAGAGAGUGUAAAAGGAUCACUGGACAGGAAGAAGUUAGAACAACUAUACAAUAGAUACAAAGAUCCUCAAGAUGAAAAUAAAAUUGGAAUAGAUGGUAUUCAGCAGUUCUGUGAUGACCUGGCACUCGAUCCAGCCAGCAUUAGCGUGUUGAUAAUUGCAUGGAAGUUCAGAGCAGCAACUCAGUGCGAAUUCUCCAAACAGGAGUUUAUGGAUGGCAUGACAGAGUUAGGAUGUGACAGCAUAGAAAAACUAAAGUCCCAGUUACCCAAGAUGGAGCAAGAAUUGAAAGAACCAGGACGAUUUAAGGAUUUUUACCAGUUUACUUUUAAUUUUGCAAAGAAUCCAGGACAAAAAGGAUUAGAUCUAGAAAUGGCCAUUGCCUACUGGAAUUUAGUGCUUAAUGGAAGAUUUAAAUUCUUAGACUUAUGGAAUAAAUUUUUGUUGGAACAUCAUAAACGAUCAAUACCAAAAGAUACUUGGAAUCUUCUUUUAGACUUCAGUACAAUGAUUGCAGAUGACAUGUCUAAUUAUGAUGAAGAAGGAGCAUGGCCUGUUCUUAUUGAUGACUUUGUGGAAUUUGCACGUCCUCAAAUUGCUGGGACAAAAAGUACAACAGUGUAGCACUAAAGGAACCUUCUAGUAUGUACAUAGUCUGUACAAUAAAUACAACGGAAAAUUGCACAGUCAAUUUCUGCUGGCUGGACUGAACUGAAGAUCAAUCCUCACCAUUCAGACUGAGGGUUGAGACAAAACUUUAAGGAUACAUCUUGGACCAUAUCGUAUUUCAUUCUUCUAAUGGUGGUUUGGGCUUGUCUUCUAGUCUGGGCCGCUCAAAACAUUUAUAAUUCCAACAUUGUGGAUUUCAUCUUAUAUCUGUGGACCAUCAUAGUUUAUUCUCCCAUAAGUCUUAGAAGCUUUAUGGUGAUUAUUUUGAGAUUUCCAUCCUUGCAUAAAGCACAAUGCUGUCUUCAUCAGGAAACAGUUUGGCAUAAGAAUUAAACAUGAACAUCACAAACAAUUAUAAAAACUUCUUAAAUAUAUGCUUUGGGCUAGUUGCAAAGACUAUGCUGAUAGCACUUCAAUGAGAGUGAUAUAUUUAAGUGUACUGGAUCUGAAUGGUGUUUUGGUUUGGGGGAAUUUUUUUUUGUGGGGGGUGCAAAUCACAUGUAUUGUUGACGUGAGUAGGGUAUCUGAUGAAAAAAAUGUCAAAAUAACCAACGUGAAACUUUUUUUAGAAUAACUUGGUGUGCCUACCUGAAAACUUUACUGUGUUUCAGACCCUUGAAUUCAAAAGGUCCCACAGAACUAGUCUGCACUUACCUUGGCCAUGUUUAUAGUUGCCCUGCAGGGAGCUUUUAGUUGGAAGACGUUUGCAUAAUGUUCAAGUCCACCCCUGUCUACAUUAUGCACUACAUAAUUGGAUUUCAUUAUGAUUUUGAAAUGCUUAUAUGCCUGUCAAAUAAGUUUAAACUAUUUAAUUUGUUUAGAAUGUUUAGAUUGCUACACAAUACAGUACUCUAAAUUUAGGCAUGAGGGUUUAUAUAUGUUUUUUUUUGUUUUGGUUUUUUUUGUUUGUUUUUUUAAUUUUUGUCAGCGCACUAUGGAACACAAAUGAAAUUCUUUUAAUUUAUAAGAUGAUAAUAGGAAUUAAAUUUUGAAAAUGGUUGUGAUGAGCCAUAAAGUUCAAUCUUUAUAAUAUAGGUACUGCUCUUUCAGAAAAAUAGUCCAUUUUUGAUGACUUAUUUUGUUGAAAUUGCUUUAACUGCUAAUCACUGUGGUUGCCAAAUACUUAACUUCCAGAGCAAAGAUUUUCAAGCAAGCAUGCACUUGUUGCAAAAUACCAAUCUGACUUCUAUUUUUGUGAAUUAUUUAGUCUCAUUACUGUUUUGUUUUAUUCAAAUUUGCUCACUUUUCACAUCAAAUAGAAUUUCUAUCUUGUACCUUUUUUUUUUUUAAUUACAAGACUCAUGAACUGCUUUCAUGCUGAAAAUGCACAUUUCUCUGUUCACUUCCCUACAUGAAAUAGGGUUAAUUGCUUUCUUAAACAUUUGUGUAAGGCAGGCUAAAAAUUCCAGAUACUGGAUGACCUGUGGUCCUUAGCAGGUAUAGAUUUUGCUUGGUGUAUCCAGGUAUUCUCUAAGGUCUAAUCUUAAAUUUUUCAAAAGAAUGUAUUUCAGAAUAUCAUUACGUUUUAUGUAGAUGUGGAAAUGAUUUUAAAGAACAAGGACAUAUUAAAACUACUUUUUAUUUACAGUUUUGAAAUUGAUUAGAGGUCUUUCCUCAGAGAUGAUAUAUUAAUAUUCCAAUCAUAACUUUAAUUCAAGAAUACAAUUCUACUAAAAGAAAAUGUUAAAAGUGUCUAUUCCAGUUACUAGAAUUGGUUAUUUUAAAAAAAAGGAAAAAUAAGAAUUCUGCUGCUUUCAGUAUUUCCUAAUUUUGCAUUUGUAAAUAUGAAGAGAAACUUCAAUUAUGAAAAAAUUUAAAAGAUAUAUAGAUAUAUGUACUAUUUUGUUUCUUGAGGAUUUUGAGUUACGGUAUUGUUUUCAGAUUGAUUGAUUUGCAUAUGCUGUGUUUUGAAAUGAAAUCUCAUUCACUUUUUUCCCAUAUAAAACUUUUUUUUAAUAUAAAAGUCUGAUAUUGGUUCGUGGCCUAGUGCCUUGGGUUUUACAGACUUUUCUUUUUAAAUGCAAGACCUAUUCAACAAAAUAGUGUUUGUCAUCAGUUUGGUACUAAACAUUUAUAAUUACUGUGUAAUUAUAAAAAAAUACAUAAAGCUUUGAAUAUAAUUAUGUAGCAUAAAAGUUAAGUUUGUUCACUAUGAUGGCAUCUUAGAAUUAAACAAUACUAUUACUAGGGCUGAAGAGAAGACUGAUUUAAUGUGGUGUGAUUAUUCUGAGGGCAGAUGUCUGGAUGUAGGGAAUAUUUUGUACUAAAAGAUGCUUACACUCAUGGCCGUGUGUGUGUGUGUGUGUGUGUGUGUGUGGAGAGAGGGAGAUAAAAACAUACAUGCUUACACACGACUUGCUUGAAUUCAUAAGUGUUUCAGUUUUCAUUCUGGCAAACUCCCUAUGCUGAUCUGUUUAAAACUGAACCACUUUGCCAAAUGUCAAAACAGGUACACAUUUCAAAAUGUAAUGCUUUUUGAAACAGUAAAGUGUGUAAAAAUUGAAAGUGCCCACAUAGAGAAAUACCUGAGGUCACAAUUAUGAUUAGUGACUAUCACCUGCAUAUCUCUGUAAGUUCAGUUGUGUUUCUUACAAUCAAUCCCUGUCCUAUUACCAACAGAGGCAAUAAAAGCUGCAGUGAAAUUGC